AAUAAAUGCAAGAUGGCUCCUCGUAUAAAAACAGUCUUCUGGCUUCCUCCUGGCGCGCAUCAAAAUAACUCUUUACACCUUAUUCGACUCAAAUAUCUGUCCGCAGAGCCUUCCGAGGGGUGAGCCGGGCUGCGCGUCGGUAUGCUCGGAUAACCCGUCGGGAUCAGCGGGCAUCAGAAAAUAAAAAAAAACAAAACUUUGACUAAUCAUGUGCCGGAGCUGAUCUCCCAACUCCUGGCGCAGCGGCGGCCUCGGCUAGUUAGCAUUUAGCUGCUAACUAGCUCAUGAAUUCAGUCUAUUAUCACUCUUCAAACUUAACAAAAACAGCAAAUAAGGGACAGUUUUGCGGCUCGUCUGGUUAACGCUGGACGUGAAUGGCCAUUAAAGACUAAACGAUGGCUGUAACGAGGCUUGACCGUUUGUUCAUUUUGCUGGACACUGGGACGACGCCGGUGACCAGGAAAGCAGCAGCGCAGCAGCUCGGAGAAGUGGUCCGACUCCACCCGCACGAGCUCAACAACCUCCUAUCUAAAGUCUUGACGUACCUUCGGAGUCCAAACUGGGACACGCGGAUCGCAGCGGGACAGGCCGUGGAAGCCAUAGUGAAGAACGUACCGGAGUGGAAGCCGGCGCCCAGACCCAAAGACGAGUCGUGUGAGGACCUGUCCCCAGAGGAGGCGUCCUGUGAUCGUCUGAGCUUCCUUCACUUCGACAUCUCCAGGCUCCUCAAACAUGGAGCGUCGCUGCUGGGAUCCGCCGGAGCCGAGUUUGAGCUGCAGGACGACAAAACUGCUGAGAUGGACCCAAAGGAGCGCUUGUCUCGCCAGAGGAAACUGCUGCAGAAGAAGUUGGGUCUGGACAUGGGCGCAGCCAUCGGGAUGGACACAGACGAACUGUUCAACGACGAGGACCUGGACUACAGCGGAGCCCGGCCUCAGGGCAGGGGCACCCCGGGCUGCAGCGCCAGGAACCAUGUGCCAAUGCAAGCGGCAGAGUUGAUCGACUCGGAGUUCAGGCCCGGAAUGAGCAGUCGUCAGAAAAACAAAGCGAAGCGAAUGGCCAAACUUGUGGCGAAGCAGAGAUCUAGAGACAUGGAUCCCAACGAGAAGAGCAAUGACAGCUUCGAGGGAGAACCCGAAGAGAAACGGAGGAAAACAACCAACAUUGUCAUAGAGCAACCCGCGACAGAGAACAAAGUUUUAAUCGACAACGUUCCGGACAACUCCUGUCUCCUAGAAGAAACCAGUGAGUGGCCUUUGGAAAGCUUCUGUGAGGAGCUGUGUAAUGACCUGUUUAAUCCUUCGUGGGAGGUACGUCAUGGUGCUGGCACUGGCCUUAGAGAAAUACUCAAGUCCCACGGAGCAGGAGGAGGGAAACUCUUGGGAAGCACCGCUGAUCAGAUGCUACGGCAGCACCAGGAGUGGAUCGAAGACCUGGUGAUUCGGCUGCUGUGCGUCUUCGCUCUCGAUCGGUUUGGAGAUUUUGUGUCGGACGAGGUGGUGGCGCCGGUGAGGGAGACGUGUGCGCAGACUCUGGGUGUGGCUCUGCGUCACAUGACUGAAGGGGGCGUGUCCAUGACGGUGGAGGUGCUGCUGAACCUGCUGAAGGAGGCGCAGUGGGAGGUGCGACACGGAGGCCUGCUGGGGAUCAAGUACGCCCUGGCUGUGCGACAGGACCUGAUCUCGUCGCUGCUCCCUCGGGUGCUGCCGGCCGUCACAGUGGGUCUGCAGGACUUGGACGACGACGUCAGGGCGGUGGCGGCGUCGGCGCUCAUCCCCGUGGUGGACGGACUCGUACAACUGCUGCCUGCUAAAGUGCCCUUCAUCGUGAACACUUUAUGGGACGCUCUUCUGGACCUGGAUGACCUGACUGCCUCCACAAACAGCAUCAUGACUCUGCUCUCACUGUUACUCACGUACCCUCAAGUCAGACAAAGCAGCAUGCAGCAGUCGUUAACAGUCCUGGUCCCUCGAGUCUGGCCUUUCUUGAGACACACCAUCUCCUCAGUGAGAAGAGCCGCGCUGGAGACCCUCUUUACCUUGUUAUCCAAAGCCGACCAGAACUGUUCCAUGUGGAUAAACCCCAUCCUUCAGGACAUGCUGCGCCACAUCUUCCAGUGCUGCAUCCUGGAGAGCAACGAGGAAAUCCUGGAGCUCGUUCAAAAGGUGUGGAUGGAGCUGUUAUCCCAGGCCCCUCAGCAGUUUGUUGUUGCUGCCAGCUGUCCGUGGAUGGGUGCCUGGCUCUGCCUCAUGAUGCAGGCCUCACACAUCCCCAUCGACCUGAACAUGCUGCUGGAGGUCAAGUCGCGCUCCAAGGACAAGUGCGGUGCUAAGGCUCGUCAGGGGGGAGGCCCGGUGAAGGAGACGGUGCAGGAGUACAUCGCCGGAGCAGAGACGGUCACGGACGACUCGGUCACCAGGGACUACGUGGUGGUGCGGGCGCGGCUCAUGGCGGCAAAAUUGCUUGGAGCCCUGUGCCGCUGCAUCUGUGACCCUCAGCUGAACUCCUCGUCUCAGGAGAUGCGUCCAGCUGAGUCUCUGGGGCAGCUGCUGCUCUUCCACCUGAACUCGAAGUCUGCCCUCCAGCGCAUCGCCGUGGCCCUGGUGCUGUGCGAGUGGGCCGCCCUGCAGAAGGACUGUCAGCUGGUGUCGUCCCUGGUGCAGCCUCGUCUCUUGGCCAUUCUCUCAGAGCAGUUGUAUUAUGACGAGAUCGCCAUCCCCUUCACUCGGAUGCAAAACGAGUGUAAACAGCUCAUCGGACUGCUCGCCGACGCACAGAUCGACGUCAAGGACCGCCUUAACUGUAGUGUCUUUACUAUUGACCAGGCCAAUGAUCUGGUUACUUCGAUUUUCAGCGAGUGCACGUCGACGCUGAGCUCGAAGUCGAAGCAGUGGCAGUGUUUGGACAGUAAGAGGCAACAGGCCCAGUCCACCGUAAUAGAAACCAACAGCGAAUGGCAACAGCUCCACCUUCGAGUCCACAUGUUCACCGCCUGUGCCGUCAUCAACCUGCAAGUGCUGCCGGACAAACUCAACCCUCUAGUGCGCCCCCUAAUGGAGACGAUAAAACGCGAGGAGAACACGCUCAUCCAAGGAUACGCUGCUUCUUUUAUAGCCAAACUACUCCAACAGUGCGCUGGUCGCUCCCCCUGCCCCAACUCCAAAAUCAUUAAAAACCUCUGCACCUCCGUCUGCGUGGACAGCCUCUCCACGCCGUCGUCCGCCUGUCCUGUGCCUCCCGUUCAAGACACUGCCAAGGGUAAUUGUUUAGAAAAGGACGGCAUGAAUCACAUGGUGAACAAAACUCGAGGCAUCAUCACUUUGUACCGACACCAAAAAGCCGCGUUCGCCAUCACCAGUAAACGAGGCCCAGUCCCCAAGGCCCCGAAACCCCAAAGCACCGAGCUCCCUCCAGGAAGCACCAUCAACACAGACAACGACGAGAGCAGGAAACCCUUUCUGAUUCAGAGGAGAGGAGCAGAGUUUUCCCUGACGACCAUCUCAAAACACUUCGGCGCUGAUCUGACCAAGUCUCUGCCGUAUCUGUGGGAGAACACGGUGGGGCCGCUGAGGACCGUCGUCAGUGACAAACAACAGAUCAACAGAAAUGUGCAGUUGGAAAGAGGAGACGCUGCUGCCCAAGAGCUGAUCAACUCUCUUCAAGUGUUGGAAGUUAUGGCUCCAGCGAUGUCCACUGAACUCAAACCUCUGCUCCUGGAGCAGCUGUCGCACCUGUUCACCUGCCUGCAGCACCCGUACACAGCAGUGAGGCACAUGGCGGCGCGCUGUGUGGGCGUCCUCUGUAAAAUCUCCAUGUUAGAAACCAUGAACAGUUUCCUGGAGAGAGUCCUGCCCUGGCUCGCAGCCAUCGACGACUGCACAAAGCAAGAGGGCGCUAUCGAGGCUCUGGCCUGCGUGAUGGAGCAGCUGGACGUGGACAUCGUUCCGUACAUCGUGCUCCUGGUCGUCCCGGUGCUCGGCCGAAUGAGCGAUCCCACAGACAGCAUCCGAUUCAUGGCCACGCAGUGCUUCGCCACCCUCAUACGACUGCUCCCCCUGGAGGCCGGUAUCCCAGACCCUCCCGCCAUGUCGGCCGACCUGAUCCAACAGAAAGCCCGAGAGAGGCACUUCCUGGAGCAGCUUCUCGACGGCAGAAAACUGGAAAACUACAAGAUUCCGGUUCCCAUCAAGGCCGAGCUACGCAAGUACCAACAGGAUGGAGUGAACUGGCUUUCCUUCCUGAACAAAUACAAACUCCACGGGAUCCUGUGUGACGACAUGGGCCUCGGCAAAACCCUGCAGUCCAUCUGUAUCCUGGCAGGAGACCACUACCUCAGGGCGCAGGAGUACUCCAAGAACAAAGCGGCCGACUGCAGCCCCCUGCCCUCCAUCGUGGUGUGCCCCCCGACGCUCACGGGACACUGGGUCGAUGAGGUGGGAAAGUUCUGCUCCAAAGAGUUCCUCAAUCCCCUGCACUACACCGGGCCGCCCACGGAACGCAUGAGAUUGCAGCAUUUGGUGAAAAAACACAACCUCGUAGUUGCCUCUUACGACGUGGUACGAAACGACAUUGACUUCUUCAAGAAUAUAAAGUUUAAUUACUGUAUCCUUGACGAGGGUCAUGUCAUUAAAAACGGGAAAACAAAACUCUCCAAAGCGAUUAAGCAGUUGGCAGCAAACUUCAGGCUCAUUUUGUCUGGGACGCCAAUCCAGAAUAAUGUGCUGGAGUUGUGGUCGUUGUUUGACUUCCUAAUGCCCGGGUUCCUUGGCACCGAGCGCCAGUUUGCGGCACGUUACGGAAAACCGAUUCUCGCCAGUCGGGACGCGAAGAGUUCAUCCCGAGAGCAGGAGGCCGGCGUUUUGGCGAUGGAGGCUCUUCACAGACAGGUUUUACCGUUCCUUUUGAGAAGGAUGAAGGAGGACGUGCUUCAAGACCUGCCUCCCAAAAUUAUCCAGGACUAUUACUGCAACCUCAGCCCACUGCAGGUUCAGCUGUACGAGGACUUUGCUAAAUCUCGAGCCAAAGCCAGUGUGGACGACAGCAUUUCUGUGUCUGCGGCGGAAGAGGAGGACAAGCCCAAACUCAAGGCCACAGGACACGUGUUCCAGGCUCUGCAGUAUCUGAGGAAGCUGUGCAACCACCCCAGCCUGGUGCUCACGGCUCAACACCCCGAGUUUAAACGCAUCACGGAGCUGCUGGCCUCGCAGAACUCGAACCUACGAGACAUUCAACACGCACCUAAACUAUCCGCACUUAAACAGUUGUUACUGGACUGUGGUCUGGGUGGGGGCGGCUCGUCUGAGGGCGGCACAGAGUCUGUCGUGGCCCAGCACAGAGUCCUGAUCUUCUGUCAGCUCAAGAGCAUGUUGGACAUCGUAGAACACGACCUGCUGAAGCCCAAACUGCCCACGGUCACGUACCUCAGACUGGACGGGAGUGUCCCCGCCGGCCUCAGACACUCCAUCGUCUCCAGGUUUAAUAACGACCCUUCCAUAGACGUUCUUCUCCUCACCACUCACGUUGGAGGUCUGGGUCUGAAUCUGACCGGAGCCGACACGGUGGUGUUUGUGGAGCACGACUGGAACCCGAUGAGGGACCUGCAGGCCAUGGACCGAGCUCACCGGAUCGGACAGAAACGCGUGGUGAACGUGUACCGCCUCAUCACUCGCGGGACUCUGGAGGAGAAGAUCAUGGGCCUGCAGAAGUUCAAAAUGAGCAUCGCCAACACGGUGAUCAGUCAGGACAACGCCAGUCUGCAGAGCAUGGGCACAGACCAGCUGCUCAACCUCUUCACUCUGGACAAGGACGAAAAAGGCGAAAAGACCGAGCCCUGCCCUUCGACCUCAGGGAAGUCCUCCAUGAAAACGGUUUUGGACGGUUUGGGCGAACUUUGGGACCAGCAGCAAUACGACACUGAAUAUAACCUGGAUAGCUUCAUGCACUCUUUACAAUAACACCCCCCCCCCCCCCCUCCCUCACCUGUCUGCACCUGUCCUCACCUGUCCUCACCUGUCCACCUGCCCCUAACUCCUCCUCCUCCUCCAAAUCCUCAUCAUGGACCAAGCCGGACCUGGUCAAAACCUGUAAACAACAACAACAACAACUACUGCUGCUACUUUUUACUCUAUUUCCUAUUAGUAAUAUGUGUGCUCAAGCAAUACAUAAAAGGACACGCUAACUUAAGGCUCAUUACUGUCUAAAUAAUCUUAUAUUUCACACCUAUAUAAUCUAAAAUCUUCACCAAACAGUGUUAAAUCCCUAACCCUAAAUCCUUCCCUUCCCUUCCCUUCCCUUCCCUCGAUCUUUAAAGUCUUAACGAAUGCCUUUCCUCGUUCUCGCUCUCUCAAAAGGGAAAUCGCGGACUUUAUAGAACAAACGCGUACGUCGUCAAGCUGUGAUUUGGCACCGACGGGACUCCGGGGGGCGCUCUGACCCGGAGGCCCCAGUGUUCCAAAAGCCUCUCUUUUAAUAGGAAUUUCUCGUGAAGCCGGAGGAGUUUAACGUUGGAGAUCUGCACUUGAAGCGGCGGCGCGGACUGAAACCCGGAAAAGUGUUUUAAAAAAGAAAAAGGAAAAAAAAUUAGACGAAUUGUACAUAUUUCUGUAGCUGCUGCUUUUGUUUAAGAUUGUGGAAUUGUAAUAAAUUCUGCUCAACUUUGAACUAUAUAAA